AUGGAAGGAGUUGUAACCAAACAGAAAAAUAAGAUGGAGCAUCCUGCAAAUUUACUAAGGGAAAAAGCCAGCUCGGCGGGAUUUAAGUGGGCUUAUAUGGACACUGGACCGACUCAUAGUUGCAAGAUGGAUAUUAAAAUUCCACUUGCAUGGGCCAAUCUGUUGAUAUCCACGCACAAGUUCUGUACUGACAUUUAUGUUCUGGCCAGUCUGAAGGAGACAAAUGAGCCUGCUGAAAGAAGGCAGGUUGAUUCAAGUGUCAUGUCCUGCAGAAAUAACCCAGUUUCAGAAAACAGCUGCAGCAGGGCUCAGCACCUGAUGCCUCUGGUUCUGGGUCACUUCCAAACAUCCUUUGUGCUGGGGCUUGAAAACAGUGCCAACAUGGCUGAGGUUUUCUGCAUAGCUGACAUAACUUUAAAUAUACUGCAUAGUAUCUCUGAGGGACUUGUGGUGUACCCAAACGUGAUUGGGAGGGGAAUUUGGCAGUAGCUACCAUUCAUGACCACAGAGAAUAUAAUCAUGACUAUGGUGAAAGUUCAGAGUUCUUGUCAGGAGUUCCAUGAGUUUUUUUGUCCUUUCCCAGAAUCCAACUGCUCUUAUAAGACAAAAAGUGAUGAUAAUGACUUCACUGUCCAUGUCUGUGCUGAUGCCACCCAAAGAGGAAAGAGAGAGAAACUAAGAGCAAGGUCUACACCACUGGACCUGGGUGCCAGAUUACAUUUAAAUCUAGUCCCUCACAGCCUGUAUCUAGAAGCUUGA